AGCCACAAUUUCAUGCAUGGCGCGUGAGAGUGCAACGACCCCGUGUAUAUACAUAGGCCGUGCACGGAAUAAGCUCUCGACACUUAGCUCUCUUCUCUCCCAAAGCUAAAGUCGUAUCACUAGUGAAGUCGGACUUCAACCCCAAUUCUCUGCCCAAAAUGACUAUCAGCAUAGUAGACCACGAGUUACCAUACGACACCCACAAUCUCUACGAUGUAUCCUUUUACAAUGAUCAAGUCCACACCCUAGUCACUCACAGCGCACCCAUGGUGGAGUCCUGGCUGUCUGAAAUCAUCCCCAUAAUCAAUCAAAACCCAAUUGUGGGUCUGGACGUGGAGUGGCGUCCAAAUUUUUACCGCAACAGCGACCACCCCGUUGCGACCUUGCAACUUUGUGUUGACCACCGUUGCCUCAUCUUCCAACUCAUCCACGCCCAAACCAUCCCAAGAUCUCUGUUUGACUUUCUUGCUAAUGGCAGUUACACAUUUGUGGGUGCUGGGAUCCAGAAUGAUGUAGAGAAGCUCCUUGUAGACUAUGACUUGAGGGUGACCAAUCCUGUUGAUCUUGGGGCAUUGGCAGCGGCUAAAUUGGGUAGGAGAGAGUUGAAUAAAGCUGGGUUGAAGGGCCUGUCAAAAGAGGUGCUUGGGAAGGAGCUCCAGAAGCCUAGCAGGGUGACAAUGAGCAGGUGGGACAAUGAGUGGCUUACUUGUCCUCAGGUUCAGUAUGCCUGUAUUGAUGCUUUCAUCUCCUCAGAGAUAGGGAGGCGAUUAACUGCCAUGGCUUGAUUGCAGAUGAGUGGUUUCUCAGAUUUGGUCUGCAUGGAGUUAUAUAGUUGGAGCACCAAAUUGGAAUAAUUAGCCAGUCUGGCUUUCUUUAUUUUCAAUUUAAGGAUUGUGGCAGCGCAAGUGUUUUUUUUUAGGAUUACUGAAUUGAAUCAUUUAGCUGCACGAAAAACGUAUUUGAUUACUGAAUUGAAUCAUGGUCUCUCCCUCAAUUUUGCACA